UAGUAGUCAUCUCAUUCCUCUCUCUCUCUCUCUCUCUCUCUCUCUCUCCACUUUCUUCUCACUCUUCCUCUCUCUAAUCAGAAUCUUUUUUUCAAUUUUAAAGCGCAUAUUUCUGUGGUGCUUCUUCAAUCUUUGCCUGGCUGUGACAUUCCCAACACAUCCCCUCAAGAUUCACUCUUUCUCUCGCUCUCCCUCUCUCUCUCACACACACACACACACACACACACACACACACACAGAUCUUCUCCAUUUAAACCCUUUCUUUCCUCCAUGAACUAGCCUUUCCCUUCACAAAUCUCUUCCUUUCCCACCCAUUUUCCUUCAGAAAGGAAGAGAAAGAAUCAGAGAGCAAUACCCACUUGUCAGAUCCCUCUUUUUUCCCCAUCCAUGGCUGAACCCACCAAGCGAUUCAUCACAUUUGAAUCCCUCAAAGCACACAACAAACCAGGCGAUCUAUGGAUUUCUAUUCAAGGCAUGGUCUACGAUGUCUCUGAUUGGGCUAAAGAACACCCUGGUGGCUAUCUUCCCUUGUUGAGCCUCGCAGGCCAAGACGUGACCGAUGCUUUUGUCGCGUACCAUCCAAACACUGCUUGGCAAUAUCUUGACAAGUUCUUCAAUGGCUAUUUCAUAGAAGACUACUCUGUCUCUGAGGUUUCCAAAGAUUACAGAAUGCUUGUUUCUGAAUUUUCCCAAAUGGGUUUGUUUGAAAAAAAAGGCCAUCUUGCUUUAAUUUCGUUUUGUUUCAUGGCAUUGUUGUUUUCUGUGAGUGUUUGGGGUGUUUUGUGUUGUUCUAGCAUUUGGGUUCAUCUUGUUUGUGGUGGAUUGAUGGGGGGUUUGUGGAUUCAGAGUGGUUGGGCAGGGCAUGAUUCAGGGCAUUAUCAGAUUAUGCCUAGCAAAAAAUUGAAUCGAUUUGUUCAGAUCUUAACUGGGAAUUGCCUUGCUGGGAUCAGCAUUGCUUGGUGGAAAUGGAAUCACAAUGCUCAUCACAUUUCUUGUAACAGUCUGGAUUUCGAUCCGGAUCUCCAACACAUGCCUUUCUUUGUGGUAUCUUCGAAACUAUUCAAUUCCCUCACUUCUUGCUUUUAUGAAAGAAAGAUGCCUUUUGAUUCAGUUACUAGAUUGUUUGUGAGUUACCAACAUUGGACUUUCUAUCCUGUUAUGUGCUUUGCUAGACUCAAUCUCUUUGCACAAUCAUUCAUGUUGUUGUGUUCCAAGCGAAAAGUACCCAACAGGGUUCAGGAGAUUUUGGGGAUUUCCGUGUUUUGGAUUUGGUAUCCACUUCUUGUUUCUUGUUUACCCAAUUUGGGAGAAAGACUAAUGUUUGUCCUUGCUAGCUUUGCUGUUUCUGGAAUUCAACAUGUUCAGUUCUGUUUGAACCAUUUCUCAUCAAUUGUCUAUGUCGGUCCGCCUAGUGGGAGUGAUUGGUGUGGGAAACAAACUCGUGGGACGCUCGAUAUAACAUGUCCGUCUUGGAUGGACUGGUUUCAUGGUGGAUUGCAGUUUCAGAUUGAGCACCAUUUGUUUCCCCGAUUGCCUCGUUCCCAGCUGAGAAAAGUCUCUCCCUUCGUGAGAGAGCUCUGCAAGAAGCACAAUUUGCCUUAUGAUACUGCAUCAUUCUGGAAGGCCAAUGCAUUGACAGUUAGGACCCUUAGGAACGCGGCCUUGCAGGCUCGGGAUGUUGCUAAUCCAGUUCAGAAGAAUUUAGUCUGGGAGGCUGUCAAUACUCAUGGAUGAUUUGAGGGUCAUUGGAAGCUUUUGUUUUUCUUAUUUCUUAUAAUGCACUUGUUUUUCUUUUCUAGCAUUUUGAGUAUGGUGUCUUAUCUCAAUUUGUUUUCUGAGGGUUAUAUCUUGUAUAUCCUUGGUAUUGCAACAAAAGGUAAUCAUCUUUGUCAUUGCUUAGAGUCUUCAGUUAUAUGUUUUCUUGAUGCUUUUUAUGUUUGCAGGAUCAGCUCAAGUCCUCUUAAUAAGAUUAGGUGGUGAGCCAUUGAGACAGUUGA